AGGGGAAGCCCUGCCGUUUGCAAGCGCUGCAAAAAGUGUGCGAGACGCGAGGCGACGCGCGCACCGGGGAGUCUACAGGAGCGGACGCGGCGAGCGAAACAGAUUUUUUUUUUGUGUGUGAGGACAAGGAGACGACAGAGCAAGCUGUCAACAGAAGCGGCAGCAGCAAACCCUCGUCUUGAAUCGGUGUCUCCGCCGUCCGUGAGCACGCGCCACCGGAGAGCCAGAAGGUCGCUCGCGGGGCGCACCGUCUGCUCGUCGUUUCGCCAGGACGCUCUCGGUCCGACCACCCGCUGCCCGGCCUCGGACGCUGCCGUGCGCUCCGGUGAUGGACACGCAGCGGUGAGCGGAUGAGCGAGCCGCCCCGGACGUCAACAAGUCCGCUGCGCUGUGAGAAAAUGGGCUGUUUUCACAUUGUGGCGCGGAGGGCUUUGCUGUAACACCGGCGGAUCAUGGCAGGGGUACCCACUUCGGAUGCUGUGUCGGGACGCUUUUUGGAUCCUGCCGUCGGCGCCCCGCCAGCCCAGGGCGAGACCAACGCCGCGGGAAUCACCGGCGAUGCGACCGCACUCCCUGCGACCGGUACCCGGGCGUACUUGGAGGUGUCGGCCGCUGCCCAGGGCUACGGGGCCGAGGGGGUUUACACCAACGGGCGGUACAGGGAGCAAGCCAGCCCAAGGAUCGGGAGCGGCAGCCGUGAUAAUUCCGCCGAGAGAAGCCAGGGAGCUGGAAACGCACCCUGCGGCAUCAUGAAGGAUGGUUCGAAACAGAGGCAGGUGAGGAAGAAAACGGUGUCCUUCAGCUCAAUGCCCAGUGACCGCAAGAUCAACAGCACAGCUGCGUGCAUGGCCUUCAUGAUGGAGGGAUGUGAGAUGAAGAAGGUGCGCUCCAACUCACGCAUGUACAACCGAUACUUCCUGCUGGAUCCAGACAUGCACUGGCUCCGCUGGGAACCAUCUAAGAAGGAUUCAGAGAAGGCAAAACUGGAGAUCAAGAGCAUUAAGGAGGUCCGUUUGGGAAAGAAAACUCCUGUUCUGCGCAGCAAUGGUCUCUCAGAUCAGUUCCCUGAUGAAUGCGCCUUCUCAAUCAUCUAUGGAGAUAAUUAUGAGUCCUUAGAUUUGGUAGCCAGUACAGCAGAUGUUGUCAGUACCUGGGUGAUGGGCCUGAGGUAUCUGGUGUCAUAUGGCCGGCACACUGUCGACAUGAUGGAGCCCAGCCAACCAAGUCUACGAACUUCGUGGAUUGGCUCAGUGUUUGAACUAGCAGAUAUGGAAAAGGAAGGACACAUAGACUUGUUCAGGGCCACCCAGAUAAUCAAGGGCCUCAAUCCUGGAAUGAAAGAGUCUAGGAUAGAGCUGAAGUUCAAGGAACUCCAGAAAGCUAAAGACCAAUACGUAGAGGCAAUUAACAUGGACACCUUUGUGGAGGCCUACUGUGAACUCUGCACACGGCCAGAGAUUUUCUUCCUACUGGUGCAGUUUUCCAGUAACAAGGAGUAUCUGGACAGUAAAGAUCUGAUGCUAUUUGUAGAGGUGGAGCAAGGUGUGGAAGGUGUAACGGAGGACAUGUGCAGGGAUAUUGUUCAGAAAUUUGAGCCAUCUGCCGAAGGCAGGGAGAGGAGCUACCUCUCAAUUGAUGGCUUUACACACUAUCUCCUCUCCUCCGAAUGCCACAUCUUUGACCCCCAGCACAAACACGUGUGCCAGGAUAUGACCCAGCCUCUGUCCCACUACUACAUCAACUCCUCACAUAACGCCUCCCUUCUGGAAGACCAUUUCUGGGGUUCUGCAGACAUCAGCAGCUACAUCCGAGCUCUAAGGAUGGGCUGUCGCAGCAUUGAGGUCAUUGUAUGGGAUGGCCCUGAUAAUGAACCAGUGGUGUAUGUAGGUAGUUCUGUAGCCUCACAGCUAGCUUUCUCUAAAGUCCUGGACAUUAUAAACCAAUAUGCUUUUGAGAGCUCUGAGUAUCCCCUGAUUCUCUGCUUGGUGACCCACUGCUGCAUCCCCCAGCAGAGGGUCAUGUCACAGCACAUGAAGAAGAUUCUUGGCGACAAGCUGUACGUUGAAACCCCCAACAAGGAGGAAAACUACCUACCCUCCCCUGAGAAACUCAAAGGUAAAAUCCUCCUCAAGGGUAAGAGGCUACCGCCCAGCUGCACUGAUGCUGAGGGGGAUGUGACGGAUGAGGAGGAGGGUCUGGAAAUGUCCCGAAGAGUGGGAGCUGAUGAGAAGGACCAGCUAAAUGGAUUGGGCUGCAAGAGUCUCAGACUGUGCAGGGAGCUCUCUGAUCUUGUAUCUCUCUGCAAGUCAGUCCUGUUCAAGGACUUUGAUAUCUCUAAGAGAGACCAAAAAUACUGGGAGAUUUGCUCAUUCAAUGAGGUAGAUGCAAACAGGUUUGCCAAUGAGUUCCCAGAGGAAUUUGUCUGUUAUAACAAGCGCUUUCUCUCCAGGGUAUAUCCCACACCUAUGAGAAUUGAUGCCAGCAACAUGAACCCCCAGGAUUUCUGGAAGUGUGGCUGCCAGAUUGUGGCCAUGAACUACCAGACCCCAGGCCUGAUGAUGGACCUCAACCUUGGCUGGUUCAGGCAGAACGGCAACUGCGGGUAUGUUUUGCGGCCAGCCAUUAUGAGAGAGGAGGUGUCUUACUUCAGUGCCAAUGCUCGGGACUCCCUGCCAGGGGUGUCUGCCCAGCUUCUUCACAUUAAGGUCAUCAGUGGGCAGAAUCUGCCCAAGCCCCGCGGCUCUGCUGCUAAGGGUGAUGUGGUGGAGCCCUACAUAUAUGUGGAGAUCCAUGGCAUCCCAGCUGACUGUGCUGAGCAAAGAACCAAGACUGUGUCCCAGAAUGGUGACAACCCUAUUUUUGAUGAGAGUUUUGAAUUCCAGAUCAAUUUACCAGAACUUUCAGUGCUGCGCUUCGUCGUGCUGGAUGACGACUACAUUGGAGACGAGUUCAUUGGCCAGUACACCAUCCCAUUUGAGUGCCUACAGCCAGGCUAUAGACAUGUCCCCCUACAGUCUCUUACAGGAGAGUUCCUACCCAAUACCACACUGUUUGUCCAUGUAGCCAUCACCAACAGGCGGGGUGGAGGAAGGGCACAUAAGAGGGGUCUGUCUGUCAGGAAGGGUAGGAAGGCCCGGGAGUACACCACCACCAAGACCACAGGGAUCAAAGUAGUGGACGAGCUCUUCAGAGCAUCCACCCAGCCCCUCAGGGAGGCCACAGACCUCAGAGAAAAUGUGCAGAAUGCCAUGGUGUCCUUUAAGGAGCUGUGCGGCCUGACCCCCGCAGCCAACAUGAAGCAAUGCAUCCUGACAGUGUCUAGCUGGCUGAUGAACAGUGAGCGGUCACUUAGGGUAACGGUGGACCUGAGCGAGACCUACCCCACCAUGGAGGCGCAGGGUCCUGUGCCUGAGCUGCUGCGCAAGGUGCUCAACGCCUAUGACAUGAUGAUCCAAACCAGCAGAACACUGAUUGAGUCGGCUGACGUGGUCUACUCCAAGCUCACACAAGCACAACGGGCAGGUCUGGACUUCCAUGAGGACCUGCAUCGCAUUGGAGCAAAGGAGGGUCUGAAGGGCCGCAAACUUCAGAAGGCCAUGGAGAGCUACGCGUGGAACAUCACUGUGCUCAAGGGCCAGGCAGACCUGCUGAAGCACGCCAAGAGCGAGGCGCUGGACACUCUGCGUCAGAUCCACUGUGCAGCUCAGUCCUGUGGCCUCAGUAAAAACGGAGCAGCUUCCCCCCAGCUCCAGCAUCAUCCUCACCACCAGCCACAGCAGGUCCAGAUACAGCAACAGUCUCAGGCCAAGCCCCAACCACAGCCUCCACCACUGCAACAGUCCCAAACUCAGCCCCAAUCCCAGAUCGCACCUCAGUCUUAUCUCCAUCCCCUUCCCCAGCCACAGUCCCAGCCACAUUUCCAGCCACAUCCUCAGCUAGCAGCUCUCCCUCUGGUUCAAACUGUUGCAAAACCACCGGCCUAUCCUCAACCCCCGCCCCUACCCCAGCUUCAGUUUCAGUUCCAGAGGCAGCAGCUGAGGGCAGCAGGAUCUCUCGAAGCCAUCCCUGAGAAAGAGAUGGUCAGUGAUGAUCCUGCGAGAUCCUGCUGACCCGCAGCCUGUGCCCACAGAGAAUCCUACCCAAAGAGAGACAGAGAGAGCGAGAUAGAGAUGGAGAAGCAGAGGGGUGUACAGGAAAAGCAGGAGGCCAGUGACGAAAGGGAGAUGGAGGAAGUAAUGGAAAGAGUUAAAGAGAUGAUGAUGGUGAGGAAGACGCGUCGUGUUAGAAGUGAGACGCAGGUCUGAGAGGUGGGCUUAAGGAGAAAAGAAGGAGAAACCUCACACCGUCUGAGCCAGAAGGUUUUGGUUUCUUCUGUCGUCUUUCUUGUUUAAAGCAAAAGAGUAACAGCUAGUAACACACUUCUGGUAUGUGUUUCUACAUAGGAACGCAUUCAGUAGGUGGAUCAGUAAGUUGGAUAUCCUUGUCUCUCUCUGGGCAGUGCUAGUUACAUGCCUCUCCAGUAUGUACUCUAGCUCUGUGGGUACAGGCUUUACCUCGCGGCGGCGUCUAAUGCCGCAAAAUUUGCCUUUUCAUCUCCAGAGACUCCUCGGCAUGUCUUUGAGCUUUUGUUUCUUCAUGCUCACGCUCUUCCUCCUCCAUCUUAGACAUAGAGCUAAGAGCGAUCCCUCGCACCUUUCAAUGAAGAGGACGCCAUUUUGAUUUUAAGUGCACAAAGUAGAGCAGCUUGUCUAGGCUGAGCUCUGUAGGAUUCACAGAUGACCAUUUCAGCACAAACCAGUGAGCUGUAGAGCUAAACUAGAAAAAAAAACUGCAGCUGUUGAUGUGUGCACUCACACCAUUGUUCCACUUGCAUCCCUUGCUGCUGUGUCAACCUCCAUCAAGCCCCACACUUCUCCAGUGACAUUACUUAGGAUUUAAGUUCUUCAGCAUUCCCGGACUCUCCCCACAGGGUCUCCUUGUCUCCUCCCCAGGGGCUGUGUGUGUGUGUGUGUGACGUUACGUGAGUUGGUGUUUUGGUCCCCAGGGUGGAGCUAGUCCACAUCAUUGAGUGGCGGAGCUCACCAGCCAAUCACAACUGGAAUAUCUGACCCUGCCUGUUAAAGGCCAAAGGUCAACAGGAACAUGGUACUGCUGUCAGUAAAAACACAAAAUAAAGUAAAUAUAGAUGUAAACUGUAUGUAAAAUGUACGAAGGGAAAAUAUAUUGCUAUAUUAUUUCUUGCAGACACAGACAUUAAUGAUUGAUAUAUGAAUAAUUGUUGUUAGAUCUAUUGAUAUUUGGAUUCUUUUUUAACAUUACUUCCACAUAUACAGUGAUUUGACACCUGUUGUUCUGUGGUGCAGAUCAGGACAACCAGUGCAUGUGGGACUGGAACGAGGGAUUACGGGUUAGCGCCACAACACGAGGGUCAAACAAUAACCUGACAUGUGUUUCACUGCAAAGUGAGUGUGGAUUCUGUUGGUAUUAAGAGCUCCUUUAAGUG